AUGUAAUUUAAUGAAUCGCCAGUGUUUUGAUUUCUUGUAUUGUUUAAAACAUCCUUUAAGCGUGAAGUGUAUUGUAUUACCUAUGAAAACAUUUUUUAAUUAAUUACGAUUAAUUUCAUGUUAGGAGAUACAAAUAUUAUCCUGUAUCUUAAAUAAAGAGUUAUUGGUUUUGGAAAUGGCAACUGCAAUAAGAACUUACUUAAAGGCAAAGAAGAAUAUCCUAUCUUGUAAUGCUAAUACGAAGGCUUCUGGUAUCAACUCGACAUUCCGCAGGAGUUUUAGUGAUGACAAGAACAGAAGUAAUCCACAAUUUAGCAAUUCUACUAUUAUGGUAGAGCACGGAUAUAAUGUACAGGAACUCCCAGUGCUUGUGAGAACAUUAACAGACUUAUCAGAAAUUUAUGACAAGCCUAUUGUAGACACAGAGCCCUCAAGAAUCUCUAACGAUUCCCAAAAUUAUAAUUUAAUAAAAUCAGAGUUCAGUCAAUGCUUAGAUCUAAGAGAUGUAUUUACAUUACUAUCCAAAUGUACAAAAAUAACACCGAGCAUUGCAUUAGGUGCUAUUGAAAGAAUUUAUACAUUAGAAAAAAAUCCAACUCAAAAUGUUCAUGUUAACUUAGCUAAAGGUGCUAUACUUGACAAAUUACUAAAAGUUGUAACAAAAACGAAGGAUACACAGACCAUCAUAAACAUACUCAACACAACAUCCACUUUUAUGGAACCUUACAAACCAAAGUUUUCUGAAGAGAUCAUGUUAAGAGUUCUUGACAAUAUGCUUUCAGUGGAACAAAUAUGUGAAUUUUUAAAAUUUCUCAUAUUAAAAAGAGGUGACCAACAAUAUUCAGAAAUCAUUGACAAACUAUGGAUUGGUUUUGUUCAACGGGAAGCAGAUAUCAACGAAACAAAUAUAUCAAAGUUGUUUUCCGUUCUCCCUGGUUUUAAAGCAAGUAAAAGAACUGUACUGAACUUAUCAGAGCAGAAGCUGUCUGAAUAUUGGAAUAAAAUUACGGUUUCAGUAAUGCAACAAAUUCUGGAUGUGUUCAUUCAAGAGAAAUAUUUGUCUGUACAGUCAUUUGCUGUGAUUGGCAGGUGGCUUCACACAAACAUUCAUGCCUUAAAUGAUGAUGAAAUGUUAGACAUUAUAUCAAAAUUGACACAGCUCAAGUAUACAGAUGAUCAAAUUGAAAUUGCUGUAGAAAAAUACAUCAAACUUAAAGGCAACAAAAUAAAUAUGCAUGUUUUAAUUGUUGGUAUUUUGAAUUAUUGUAUGCAAUUUCAUAUAAGGAAUGAUGAAAUUCUCAACGCAUGUAGUAAACAUUUUUUCAAUCAAGGCAGCACCAUACCAGCGGGCUUUUUGAGAUCUGUUUUAUAUCCAUUUGGAUAUUUUAACUUUAAACCACUUCAUGAGCAGUUUUGGUCUUUUGCUGAGGAUGUUGUUCUUCAAAAUCUAAAUAAGAUGACUUCUGAUGACAUAUGCUCCAUAAUACUAUCUUUCAUUUAUGUUAGUCAAUAUCCACUGAAGCUAACAAAAAGGAUUUUUAGUUCUGAGUAUUUAAUUAAUGUCAAAAGCUCAGACACUUUGAAGAAACUUCACUUAAUCGAUACUGCACUGUCUAUAGAAUGUCCAAAUUAUUUGGGACCUUUAAUGCCUAAGGACCAGUAUCUUCAGCCAAUAUCACAGGACUUUAGGGUUAAGAAUUUAAUAAACAAAAUAUUAGUUGAUAUUGAAUGGGUAGCAGGUGGUAAACAGAAUGUAUCAACCUCCAUACUUGUCCCGCACUUUUGCUCAGAUCAAACAUAUUUAAUAGAUAUUAUGUUACAUCCCCCCGGUUUGAAUUGCAGUAAGUCUGAUUGGUUAUCUAAGUAUGAUAAAGAUAAAACAAGAGCAAUACUCAUACAUCUCCCUGAUGACUUUUGUACUGAUAAUAAAAACCUCAUUGGUCCACAGCUCAUGAGGAGGAAACAUUUACAAAUUAUAGGUUUGAAUGUAACCAGUCUCAGUUAUUCAUUGCUUAGUCAAUUUUAUACUUCCCACAAUUCAAAUGGACUAAGAGAUUACAUUAAAAAUAGUUUAGGAGAUGCUGAUUAAUUUUUCAUGUGCCCAUCAGGUGGUGAAUGUGAUAAAUGAAUUUUUUCUCCUACCUACGCCGAAAGUUCGGUUCUCCUCCCGCUGUACAGGGAAGAAAGUGUAACUUUCUCUCCCU